GAGUUUCUUCUUCUUGAGAACCGCAUAUAGUCGAUCUAAAUUAAUAUUUAAUUGCUAUUCAAUAAGUCAGUCCCUCUUCAUUCGUAAUCAUUUAUGUCCAGUGAUAGCAAGUAAUUUUAUGCUCAUUCUUCUCGAAUAAAUUAAAGAAAAAUAUUUCAUUAAGAUUUGGUAAAAUUGUUAGUUUCAUGUCACGUUUUGAUAUUUGUGAUUAAACCAAAACUAAAAAUUAGGUUUAUGAUUUCUACAAAAAACCCUGACGAAAAGUGUUAAGUGUAUAAUUCACCAGAACAUAAUAAUACAGUAAUCAUGACAAGUUAUUCAACUUAAUAAUUUUAAAGUUGAAUUGUAUCUAUCGAGUUUGCAUAUUGCAAGAAUUUAUUUAGAUUAGCAUUCCGUGCGAUAAAAGCCCCUUCAAAAUUUAUUAAAAGAUAUGGAAACUGAGUCAGUCAUUCAUAACAAGAAUCAGGGUGAACUGCAACAAAUUGUGGAAGGAAGAAGUUUACCAACUGAAAUUGUUACUCAAGCACAAGGUUCAUCGUCACGAUUAGGUUCGGAGACACCACCUAAUGAAAAUUCUCAACUACUUAACACGUCAAUGAGAAUGAACUUAUCGAAAGUGAGAGCUGCAUUUGCGAAUCGAAAUGCCUUAGUCGAUGUGUUGGCAGUGUUUUUCGGUGUUGGUACAUGGAUAGGAAUUAAUUCAACUUAUGUUCAGCUGCCAUUGCUUGUCAAUGCAACACCUGAAGGAUGGAAUCUUGCUUCAUAUAUUGUGAUCAUCAUUCAAAUAGGAAACAUUGGACCUUUACUUUACACAUUACUACAAAAGAUUGCUCCAAUCAAAGACAGUUUUAUUAUUUAUUUCUUGCUAGCAAUUGGCAUCAUCGCUGGUUUUUGUAUGGCAUUCCUUUACCCAAUCACAGCGGAAAUAUUAGGAGCUGAAAGAUCACUUGCAAUUUUUGUCAAUGUGUUCCUAUUUGCACUCGUGGGUUGCACUUCAAGUGUGCUGUUCAUGCCUUAUUUUGGAAGAUUCAGGGAUAUCUAUUUAGUGACAUAUUUGAUUGGCGAAGGACUUUCAGGAUUUUUACCAGGAGUUUUAGCUUUGAUUCAAGGUGUUGGUGGAAAUGAUCAAUGCAUCAAAACCGACACAGGCAUCGAAAGAUUUUCACCACCUCCAAGAUUUGGAACACAAACUUUCUUCCUUGUUGUCUCAUCACUUUUCAUUGCCAGUUUCGUUUCUUUCUUCCUUUUGGAUCAACUCAAAAUCGUUCGUAAUGAAUAUGCAGAAAGUGUGACCAUUGGACAUGGAAACACUUACGAGUACAACGUCAAACAACCAAAAGCUGGAGAUGAUGAAGUGCCUACAAAACCAGAAGGAAAACAAUUAUCAGACAAAAAUUACCGCGGACUUUUAGUUCUUCUUGGUGUCGUUUGCAUGUUUUCGAAUGCAAUUUUUCCAUCAAUUAUGAGCUUUGGUACAUUACCUUAUGGAAACAUUGCUUAUCAUCUUGCAGUGACAUUAAGUUCGAUUGCAAAUCCUGUUGCAUGCUUCAUAGCAGUUUUUGUCACAAACACAUCAAUUCGAAAUAUUAUCGCACUUUGUGUUAUUACAAUUCCAUUUGCUACUUAUUCGAUGACGACAGCUGUGAUGUCACCAAAUCCACCACUCAUGAACAAAGUGAUGGGAGAAAUUCUUGUUGUGAUUAGUUGGACGGCUGUGGUUGGUCUGGCUUCUUAUAUUCGUCUAAAAAUUACAACAAUUUUCCGAUAUCAAGGCGGUAGAAGUUUGGUGUUGGUUGGUGCGUGGACACAAAUCGGAAGUUUUGUUGGAGCAAUUUUAUCUUUCAUUGUCGUGAAUUUCACGAAUGUUUUCCAAACUUACGAUCCGUGUGCAUGAUUUUAGUUAAUAAAGGUCAACUAAAUUUAUGUUAUUAGAAAUAUGAAAAUUUAGACAACAUAUCUACAAUAAUUGACGAAUAAGUUUUUUACAAUGUACGACAAUAAACUUUUGUAGAAAGCAAUUUAAUAAAUAAAUUGAAAAUCUAUUUGAGUUUCAAUCGAGGAC